CUGUUCGCGAGGUGAGUCACGAUUUUAUUCUCUUUGCCGCCGUCGUUUAACGGCAAGAAGUGCGCGCGCACACUCUCAUGGUUUUUCUAUCAUUAAACAUUGAGGAAGAUUGUGUUUUGCACGUUCAUUUUUAGUCCAGCUUCUCGAAUGAACGCAAAUCGGCGAUACUGCGAACCGGUUCGUACGUUCGCGUAAAGCGGUCGUGCGGUCCGGUGCGGGAGAGGGAGUCGCGAGGGCGACGAGGACGAUCGGUUAGCGCAAAGAAGGGCGUUACCUUUUUCGGAGAUACGAGUAAGUAGUGGAGUCAAGAAGUACAAGAAGAAAAGAAAAGAGGAAGGAAGAAAGGUUGGAAGGAAGGAAGGAAAGAAGGAAGGAAGGAAAGAAGGAAGGAAGGAAGGAAGAAGGUAAGAAGAAAAGAGACAGAUAGGAGGAUGUCUCUGACGUGUCGAGUACAGUACUUGAACGACGUCGAUCCGUUCGCUUACGCGAGCUCCUAUCCGGAGCCACCGAGACCUCCCGUGCACACCUUCAGCGUGACCUUGCCGUUGAUCAACCAGCUUGCCGCCGUUCAUCGACUUCUUCGAGCACCUCACAGGCUCGAUGAUACGGCUCUUCAACUCUACAAAGAUGGCGAUUAUGGAGCUUAUUUGGAUCUCGAGGCUUCGAUCAGCGAACAACAAGAAGAAUUUGAAGGCUUUCAAACAAACCGGAAGAACUCAAUCGUUCUCAGGACUCAGCUUUCUGUGAGGGUUCACACCAUCAUAGAAAAAUUGCUGAACAGCGAGGGUCGCGAACUACGAAGAGCUCUCUUUUCUCUCAAGCAGAUCUUUCAGGAGGACAAAGACCUGGUGCACGAGUUCGUGCAAAACGAUGGAUUGGCUUGCCUCAUCAAGGUCGGCAGCGAGGCCGAUCAGAAUUAUCAAAAUUAUAUACUACGAGCCCUCGGUCAGGUGAUGCUCUACGUGGAUGGCAUGAAUGGCGUGAUAGAACACGGUCAGACGGUACAAUGGUUAUACACCCUUAUAGCAAGUCGUUUUCGGUUGGUUGUAAAGACGGCCCUGAAAUUAUUACUGGUCUUCGUCGAGUACGUGGAAACCAACAGUUUGUUGCUCGUUCGGGCUGUACGUUCGGUAGACACAUCAAGAGGUAUGAUACCGUGGACGAACGUAAUGAAGCUUUUGAAGGAUUACGAUGCCGCUGACACGGAACUUCUAAUAUACGCAACGACUUUAGUUAAUAAAUGUUUGAACGGUAUUCCGGAUCAAGACACUUACUAUGAUCAAGUGGAUUGUCUCGAGGAGCAAGGAAUCGAGGGUAUUAUUCAAAGAUAUAUGUCCAAACAAGGAACAGAUCUCGAUCUUCUUAGACAGUUUCAAAUUUACGAAGCUGUACUCCAUCACGAGGAUGGCAACGACCGGGGAUCGCCAAUUCGACAGCUCGACGACAAUAUCAGGAAAACCCUACGCAACCGGAAGUCUCUCGUGGAUUCUCACGAGCGUCGAAAGUCCCGCAGGCACUCGACUGGCACGUCGCCGCUUUCGAUGUCCUUGAACGCUCGUUUAAGUCCACGCUCGAACCAUUCUUUGGGACUUAGCUCCCUGAACAACACUUUGAAUUCGAGUCUGCCCGAUGACGAUGACGAGUCGAGUAGCUCUCAAAGUUCUCAAGGACAUCUCGGGGAAGUUCAACUCAAUGGCAGUUAUAAGGAGAACAAAGUCGACGUUGGCGUAACACCAGCUUUGAGACGUAGAAGAGAACGAGCGGAGAGGCAAAGGAGUUUUAUCAGGGAGCAACAAGAGGCUACCGCGAAUAUGAGAGCUUCCGUUGACCAUUCGGACGACCAGGAGAGUUCCUUCUCGUCUAAUGGUUUGCGAUAUCACCCGAAUGGCACGUCGUACGAAAGGAAAACCGAUUCCCCGUCUAACAAACUCUCCCGAACGAACAGCAGGAAGGAUUUAACACCGCUAAUGAACGCCGCGAACAAGCUCGACUCGGAGGAGAAAAAGCCUUGGUACGGUAAGAGUCCCGAUGAGGGUGUCGAGUGCGAUGAGGGUAAUAACACCGAUGACGACGAGAAUCGUCGAGUGGUUUUACAAUUGAAACGAGAAGGUACCGUCAAAGAUCUUACGCAGAAAUUAACGGCACAGAAUCUCAUACCGACGAGCAGUCCCGUCGAUGAAAAGGUUUCGAGGAUAGGAGAUAUGAGCGGCUUGAUCUCGAAAGCUAAAGAGGGAUUGGCCAAAUCAAAGUCCAAGGCCGACGUAUUGAAAUCGCCGACAGGCGAGAAUUUGCUCAAGGUACAGGAAGUUAAGAAAUCGGAGAAUGAGUUGCACUGGGAGGAACUCGUGAAAAAGUUGAAAAGACCGUUGGCUCUGUGCGACCUUGACUUUACGGAUCUAAAUUCGGAGGAUGAAAUCGACGUUUUGGGACCGGUAAACGUGACGAACGGCGUUCCUCCGCCUCCACCACCGAUGGUACCAGCUCCACCUCCUUCGAUGUUGCCCCCGAGUUCCAGUGCCAAACCACCACCACCUUUACCUCAUCUUCCACCGCCCCUUUUUUCGCCUCUCAAUCUGAAAUCCACCAUGAGAUCAUCGAUGAACAACGACCCGAGCAAUCCUUUGAGAAGUCCACCUUUAAACUCUCCGGCUUCGACCUUGACCAUAAAAAAGAGCAAAAAGACUGUGAAGCUGUUCUGGAAAGAGGUCAGGGACGAUCCCAUCAUCCUCUCGAGAUUGGACAAGAACAAAAUGAUUUGGGACGAGCUCUCGCCAGUGCCUAUUGAUACGCAGAAACUCGAACACCUCUUCGAGAGCAGAGCCAAGGAUCUUAUCACCAAGAAGCAGCAAGAAAUGAACAAGAACAAAGAAAUCAUCGUACUCGACCACAAAAGAUCAAACGCGAUCAAUAUCGGCAUGACGAAAUUGCCACCACCGAGAUCCAUCAAAACGGCCAUUUUAAAGAUGGAUGCUACUAUUAUGAACAGAGAGGGUAUCGAGAAACUCUUGACGAUGCUACCGACGGAAGAAGAAAGAUCGAGGAUACAAGAGGCACAGGCUGCGAAUCCCGAUCUUCCUUUGGGAUCGGCAGAACAGUUCCUUCUCACUUUGGCAUCGAUAUCAGAAUUGCCAGCGAGAUUGAAGCUUUGGGCGUUUAAGUUGGACUUUGAAAAUUCUGAGAAGGAAAUUGCGGACCCUUUGAUGGAUCUCAAGCAGGGAAUGGAGACGCUGCGAGUGAAUAAAACCUUUCGCGGGAUUCUGAGCACGCUCCUUUCGAUAGGGAUAUUCCUCAACGGAAACGAGGUGAAGGGCUUUCAACUGGAAUACCUUGCCAAAGUACCUGAAGUAAAGGACACUGUUCACAAGCACUCGCUACUUCAUCACCUCUGCUAUAUGGUGAUGGAAAAGUUUCCGGAUUCCACGGACCUCUAUUCCGAGAUCGGUGCAGUGACACGGGCCUCAAAGAUCGACUUCGACGAGUUGGCCUCGAAUAUCGGCAAACUCGAAAACGAGUGCAAGGCGUCGUGGGAUCAUUUGAAAUUAAUCGCCAAACACGAUGGCUCGACAAUGAUGAAAGUCAAGAUGUCCGACUUUUUGGCUGACUGCGCGGAAAGGAUAAUAGUCCUGGGUAUCGUACAUAGGCGUAUCAUAAAUCGAUUUCACAAGUUUAUACUUUGGCUUGGUAUACCGCUCCAUAGAGUACAGGACACCAAACCGAACGAGUUUUGUAGGAUAGUAUCGGAAUUUGCUCUCGAGUAUAGAACGACCCGAGAACGGGUGAUACAACAGCUCGAGAAAAAAGCCAAUCAUCGAGAGAGAAAUAAGACAAGAGGAAAGAUGAUCACCGAGGUUGGUAAGUUUAGGACGAAAGAGGAUCGAGCGGACGCCGAGCUGAGGCAACUCCUCGGAAGUGACAUUUCCGACGUUGAAAGUAUUCAUGGUACGCUACCCUGGCGAAGGCAAAGAAAGGACGGACGAACUACGCUGGGACCUUUGCUAAGAGACGAAGGUACUAACGGUAAUCUCACCGACGGCGAUGACGAGCUUUUAGAAUCCCUCGUAAAGACUGCAACGAAGACGCCAGCUACGAGGACAACACCAAGGGAACGUAAAAGGACGAGACACGCCGAUCGUAAGUCUUUGAAGCGAUCGCGCACACGAGAGAACAACACCACGCCGGAAGGGUAUCAACCCUAAAAGGAAUCACCUUUCGCCGCAUAAAGUGCGUAGAACGUUGAAGAACGGUCUCUCGGAAGAGGAAAAGAAACACAUCGCUGCCUACAUCAAGGGCUAUUGACUGUGAUAUUAUCCACCCUUUUCUCUCCCAGCCAACCCCCAUGGAAAUUUUCUUAUUCGAAGGAAGCAUGCGUGGCGGGAGAGGGGAAGAUCUCUCUGAGCAAACUACUAUGCAAAUCGUGUUUCUCACGAAGAUUCUUGGCGGCUCAAAGCUCGAAAGAAAUGGAAAGGAAAAGAAGAAAAAGAACGACGACAACUGGAUGACAAGAACGAAACCAGCUCUCUCCUUCACGCAGAGCAUAGCUUUCAAUUAACUAUAUCUUUAUGAUGACACACAUACUCUUGCCAAAUCUCUCUAUCAUACCCGUAUAUCAAACGGUCUUUUAAAUCUCUCUCUCUCUAUCUCUUUAUUUUUCGUUUUUUAUAAACUUUUAUUCUUCUUUUUUCUUUUUUUUUUGUCUUUUUUUCCCUAGCUUUUUCUUUUCCAUUCUUUUCUUAUUUUGUGCGGUACGGUUACUUAUUUAACGUCGUCGCGUUAGAUCGAAUCACUUUUUAGGAAAUUAUUUCCAAACGCGUAACCACCGCACGCACGCGAUACAUACUUAUUUUACGUAUGUUGAAUUAUCAAUCUCUGCAGUUUCGAGUGUGAAAUUUUACAAACGAAAAGGUCUUUUUUAAAAUUGUCUUUUACAAUUUAUUCGAAUGACAACAAAAAAAGAAACGAAAAAUGAUGGCUCUUAGAUCAUUUAUAUACAUAUUCCCCCGAAAGUGAUUUGCUUUUGGUAAAAGAAAGAUAGGGUGACGGAUAUAAACGAUAUUAAUUGAUACUUUUACGAAAAAUAUUCUUCGAAUAUAUAUAAUAUCGUAUUUAUAUUCUUCUGCCAUUGGUUAUAGCCGUAACAGGGUAAGUUAUUCGUGCCUGUGCUAGUUCAACGUUUUUCCAAUUUUUUUCUUGUCAGAGCUACGAUGUAAAUCGCUUAUAUGGUCGAUGGAUAAAUUUAACGAUUAAGAAUAAACAAAAAAGCAUAUAAAAAGGUAAAAAAAAUUGAGAGGGGUGAUCUCGUGCCUCGUUGCGUGCCUGGUGGAAAAGUAGGAAGAAAGAACCUCUUUUGAAAUCGAUACGUUUUUUUCGAUACGAAUUUUACAACGAAGAUUUGUAGCGGUGUGAUUUAUCGGGUGAUAGAAAUAAUUUAAUUAAUUUAAUUGUUAAUUACAUUAUCGUGUCUCGUACGUGUAGGUACGCAUUAAUUACUGUAACUCUCAACACGUAAACGAUUCUCUUCAAAUAAAAAGGAAAAAAUAUUGUA